UUCUCAAUUAUAUACAUAUAUAAGCGUAUUCUCAUAGUUAAAAUAUGCUUUUUCUCAAUUAUGUACAUAUAUAAGCAUAUUCUUAUAGUUAAAAUAUGCAUGUAUGCAUUAAAGAGUGGAUUUCUUUCCAACAUGUUGAUUUAUCACGCGUUAUAGCACCUUUGUAUCUCACAAUUGAAGCGGAGACAACCGCAUGAUGUCAUAAAUAUUAACAAGUUUCGUAAUUACGAGUCAUGUGGGAGCAAACGUGGAAUCGAGAAUGUAUUAGCAUUAUCGCCAUUUGUGUUAAUAUAAAUGUGCCGAUCGCGACACUCGAAUCUAGCGCUUAUUCAAGAGUACACACGUCGUUGUGCAAAUAUGUUUGUGAAAAUCCACCUCUUUAUUUCGAUAAUAGGUGCAAGUGUCGGUGUAUAUACAACAAUCAGCAGUAAGGCUAACAAUGUUACAUUCAAGUAUAUGAAGGGAAUUGAAGGGGAGAGUGAUUUACAUCAAUGUAAACCUUACGAGGUAUGUAACGUAAUUCACGACCGAUUUUGGAUGUCCGGCUUGACAGAGAGACUUUGUCGUUGUCCUCAUGGACAAGAAUGUCCUUGGCAAUGGACGAAAAUCAUUGAUAAUUCAUCCUUAUCACUUAAUAACAAAUCAAUUCUAAAGUUUUGUACACAAAUAAUGGAAGAAUUAGAGAUUUGCGCGCAUAGACAAGAGGCAGUGAUAGUGUUUGGAGAAAGUGAUUUAAGUAACACCUAUAUAAUACCAUAUAAUGUAACAAUAAAUUGCAUAUGUCCCCAAACACAUUAUUGGAAGCUACAAAAAUAUACGUAUGAAGAAUAUGGUCUCACUCAAGUAUUCAAAUGUGUCAAGAAAAGAAGGUGUGAGACGUUGGACUUUUGCGGCUACAUACGAUCUGAUCUGUAUUCGACGUAUUAUAGAUGCACAUGCCCAGAAAAGCAUAUAUGCAUUUUCGAGGAUCAGACACAAGUAAAUAUACAGGAAUUGCUCUAUUCUGGACCAGCUUACAUGGCUUACUGUCAUCGUUUGUAGAGAUACAAAGAAACUUGUUAUUAAAAUUACAAUGUCAAAAGAUAAUAUUACAUGCAACUUACCUGUGACGAUUGAUCACUCAUAGCUCGCAAUGAUGGUAAUAAUUCUACUUGAAACCGAUCAGGCCAUAAAACUCGAGUAACAAGACCAGCUCUUAACGCUUCGCUCGCCGUUAAGGUCCUUCCACCCAAAAGAAGUUCGCUCGUCUAUCAAAAUGUAGAUACGCUUUGUUUUCCCUUCUUUUUUUCAUGUUUACAAAAACUGCUUAAAACUUACAAUUGCACUGCCCAGUAUGUGUGAAAGGGUAAAGACCGCAGCUCCUUCAGCGAUUUGUCCUAAUUUCCCAUAAGGGGUACAAAAUGUCGCUUUAUCGCUAGCAAUUACAAGAUCGAAGAGAGGCAACAUUGUCACUCCGAGU